AACAUCAAUGGCUUUGAUUGUGGCACAGAUGAUAACUUAGGUGUUUCCCAUUUGAUGACACGUUGACACAAGUGUCGUUCAGUGCUGUGCGUCGAUUUAUGUCACUAAUUCAAAACAUUCACAAUUCCUUUUAAUUAACUUCAUUUGUUUGUUAAAGAACGUGUGUUACAUGCUUGUGUAAUAUUCAAUAUGGCAACUGGCGAUAAUAGACGUGUUGCUCUAAUAACUGGUAUCACCGGACAGGAUGGUUCUUACUUGGCAGAAUUCUUACUGGAAAAAGGAUACGAUGUACAUGGCAUCAUCAGACGGGCUAGUUCAUUUAACACCACACGUAUUCAACAUCUUUAUGAAGAUCCGAAGUGUCAUCGACAAGGCAAAAUGAAGCUACAUUACGGUGACAUGACGGACUCCAGUAGCCUAAUCAAAGUCAUUAGCGCGAUACAGCCGACAGAAAUUUAUAAUCUCGCAGCACAAAGUCAUGUUAUGGUAAGCUUUGAGGUAAGCGAAUAUACUGCUGAAGUAGAUGCAGUAGGAACAGUAAGAAUAUUGGACGCGAUACGUACAUGUGGCUUAGAAAAAUCUGUAAAAUUUUAUCAUGCGUCAACAUCUGAACUUUACGGCAAAGUAAUGGAAGUUCCACAAACUGAAAAGACACCAUUUUAUCCACGUUCUCCCUAUGCUUGUGCAAAAUUAUAUAGCUUCUGGAUAGUCAUAAAUUACAGAGAAGCAUAUAAUAUGUUUGCAUGCAAUGGUAUAUUGUUUAAUCAUGAAAGUCCGCGAAGAGGAGAAAAUUUUGUCACAAGAAAGGUGACGAGAUCUAUAGCGAAAAUACAUUUGGGUUUACAGGAUGUACUCGAAUUAGGAAAUUUAGAUGCAAAGCGAGAUUGGGGUCAUGCAAAAGAUUAUGUAGAAGCAAUGUGGUUGAUGCUUCAACAAACACAGCCAGACGAUUAUGUCAUAGCGACGGGAGAAACACAUAGCGUGAGGGAAUUUGUAGAAGUGGCAUUCCAAUAUGUAGGUCGUACAAUUAAAUGGCAAGGAGAAGGUGUGAAUGAGAUAGGUCAAGACGCACAAACCAAUCAAGUAUUAGUUCGCAUAAAUCCGAAAUUCUUCCGCCCAACCGAAGUGGAUGUACUUCUGGGUGAUGCAUCAAAAGCAAGAAACAAAUUUGGAUGGAAACCAACAGUUACGUUUAAGGAACUCGUAAAGGAUAUGAUGGAUUCAGACUUAGAAUUAAUGUCAAAAAAUCCAAACGCUUAAUAUUAUUGUAUUGGAAUUGUGAUACAAACAGACGCAUUUAUCAUUUUAUUUACAAA